AUGGCGUCCGGCACGGCCACCCCGAGGACCGCUCCGCUGAGCCCCGGGGAAACACGGAGCUCCAGAGAUCGGCUGCAGCUCCCUGAACUACCAAGCUCCACCGACAUCUCACCGAGGCCUCCAGCUGUUCGAGACACACAGGCUGUGCUGAAAAGACGCGUCACAAGGAAACGAGCGAGCAUCCAACAGUUAAAAGACCGCGAGCGGAUGUUUUUUCCAGGCUGGCACACUCAGUCACCGUCACCUCAACUGACGGAGCAGCCACACAGGCGGCGUGACAGAUCGCCCCUCCACCUGCCUGCUCUGAAAUCCAGGACCAAGGAUAUGGUGUCAAUCGGUCAUCCUCCCAAUUCGUCCUCAUCCCUCGAGAGUCGUCGACGUGUGCACAUUCCCUCCAAAGCGCGACGCAUCGACGACAAAAAGGACACGUUCUUGAUGAAAUGCGCUGGAGGCGUGAUAUCGGUGAACAGCAAGGACGUUGAGUUCAUAACCUCCGAGCAAUGGGACGAGGAGCGUGACUUCCACUCCAGGCUGAUCCGCAUCCCCUUCUUUGCCAACUUCAAAAAGUUUAAACCAUUUUAUCUCUGGCGCACUAAAAUUCGCGCCAAGAAGUUUGGAGCGGCCCGGCUGUCCCUCCGAAAGCACUUGUUUUUUAACAGUCAGUUUCUAGGUGCUGCACUGAUUGACAUCAGGACCAUGUGUAAUCCAAUCAGUGACGUCGGCUUGUGUCACAUGGAGACAAAACACACGUACACACUGCAGGAGUUCCGGGACACGCAGUUAAAACGAGUACAAGAGGUAACGAGCGACUUGAGUAAGUUCCGAGAGCUGGUGAAGGAGGUGACCGUUUGUGCAAUCCAAAAUUUCAUGACGGAAUUUCGAACCCAAAAUAAUAAUGCAGCUGUGAAUGAAGAGACAAUUCUCGGACGGAUGACAGAGGAAUCUCAGGCCAGCCGACGAUUCUGCUUCGUCCGUCUCGUUGACCACAUGGUCGCGAACACCUUACACGCCCUCGUGGUGAACACAGUGGCCACGCUGCUGGCUGCGCUCCAAGAGCAGGUACGACAAACGCCCAGCCACGCCUUCAUUCAGAGCUGGAGGCGGAGCUCUGAGGUCGACCCUGCCGAAAGAGAGGCGAGUCAGGAGUCGGAACCUCGCUGCGGCCGACCCAUGUUCAUCUCCGAGCUGAUGCUGGAGCCCAACGCGUUGACCUACAGACCCUCUGAGGACAACUUUCAAGAGGCCAUUGCAGAGAUCAUUGGAUCGUUUCAGAACACAGCGAUGACCGUGAAUAUCCUGAGAGCAGAUCCUGAUUUUACUUCAUUGAUGAAUCCUGAAGACUGUCGGAAAUGUGAAGAAUACGAUAACCGUGGCCUCAGUUUGGAAUCCAUCAUGAAGAAUGAUGGACGACUUCAGAGCAUCAUCCAGAAAAUCAAGGAAUCAUUCCAGUUGGCCUUUGACGCAGCUAAAGUGUACUUACAAACAUUUGAGCGUUUCCGUCUGUUCUUUAAAGAGAACCAGAGUCUGGAUCUGGAUGCAAUGCAGCAAAAGGAUCACGAUUCGUCCUUUUUCGGCGACGCCCUGGAGUUCUACGUCAGGGAGCACAAGCGGGCCGCAGCCAUCCCCCCGAGGCGUCCUCUGGGCCUCCUGCUGGUGGACAUGACGCAGCUCCGAGAGCAGCUGGUGUUCGCCCCGCUCCACUGCCUGCAGGUCAUCUACCAGAUGCUGACUCAGCAGGCGAGGAUGAAGCUGGACGCCAUCAUCGCUGAGGUUUCUGAAGCUCAGUAUCAGCUGGAGUCCAGCCCCUCCACCACAGCGGAGCUGGCCAACUCCCUCACUUUCCAGGAUGAGAUUCAGAAGAGGAUUCCGGUGCUGGAAGCGGAGCAGGAGACAGUGCGUCAGAUGUACAGUCUGAUUGCCUUGUACUCAGUUCCCCUGCCCCCCGAGGAUCUGGUUGAGUUUGCCACCAUGCAACCCUCCAUCAGCUCCUUGCACAACAUCGUCAUCGAGGCAGCCAGAGAGAGGGAAUCCAGCAUGAGCCAGCUGGCCGGCUCCUUGCAGAAGGACAUUAAGGAGCUGAACCACAAUGUCCUGAAGGUCAAGAGUAAUUCAAAGGAUUCACGAAUCCUCGACGUCAAUGCGGAUCCCUCCCAAGUGCGUCUGCUGCUGAUGGAAAUCCAAUUGUCCGUAGACGAGCUGCAGGCCCAGGCCCAGGCCUGCACCUCCUGCCAGAAGAAAUUCCAGCUGGAGGUCACCAAAUUUGACACCCUGGAGGAGUUAACGGCAGAGUUUAGGCUGAAACUGCUGCUGUGGGACUCGCUAGAGAAAUGGGACUCUUUAUCAGAUGGAUGGAGGCAGAGCACUCUGGAGGAGCUGGACCUGGAGCAGUUCGGCUCACAGCUCACAAAAUAUAGCAAAUACAUCCAUCAGCUGGAAAAGGGCCUGUCACGCAACAACGUGGUGUCGAGUCUUAAGGAGAAGGUGGAAGUCAUGAAACAGAGGCUGCCGGUGAUCACUGAUCUCCGUAACCCGACGAUGAAGCCGGAGCACUGGGAGACUCUGCAGUCUGACGUGGGGAUCUUUCUGAAUAGGAAGGGGCUUACCGUGGCUGCUCUGGAGGAGCUCAAAGUCUUCUCCCAUGGCAUGAAGAUACAGCAGAUGUCAGGGCAGGCGUCGGGAGAGGCGUCCGUGGAGACCGUUAUCACGAGGGUGGAGGAGGUCUGGAAGAACACGGAGUUCACGGUGCUGUCUCACGGGGACUCUAAAGACGGCUUCAUCCUGGGGGGCACGGACGACAUCCAGGUGCUCCUGGACGACAGCAUCAUCAAUGUGGGCACGGUGGCGUCUUCUCGCUACGUCGCUCCCAUCAAGAUGAAGGUGGACAAACUGCUCGGACACCUGACCCUCUUCAGCCAAACGCUGGACGAGUGGCUCACAUGUCAAAGGAACUGGCUUUAUCUGGAGAGCAUCUUCUUGGCCCCGGACAUCAAGAGGCAGCUGCCCGCCGAGUCCAAGAUGUUUCUCAAGGUGGACAAGUCUUGGAAGGAGAUCAUGGCAAAGGUCAAUAAGAUGCCUAAUGCCCUUAUAGCAGCCACACAGCCUGAUCUGUUGGAGACUUUUCGAGACAACAACAUUCUGUUGGAUGAGAUUCAGAAGUGUCUGGAGGACUACCUGGAGUCCAAGAGAGUAAUCUUCCCCAGGUUCUACUUCUUAUCUAACGACGAGCUGCUGAAGAUCUUGGCGCAGACGAGAAACCCCCAAGCGGUGCAGCCCCACCUGAGGAAGUGCUUCGACGCCAUUAUACGGCUGGAGUUCGCGUCGCUGCCCGAAUCUUCUGGGACCAGGACAGGAGCUGAGCCGGAUGUUGGAGACCAGGAGGCGGUCUGCAGCAAAGACAUCCUGAACAUGGUUUCCCCUGAGGGAGAGAAGGUGCGUUUGACCAAAGGUCUCAAGGCACAAGGCAAUGUGGAGGAUUGGCUCUGCAAGGUGGAGGACGCCAUGUUCUCCUCACUGCGACGCCUCAGCAAGGCCGCCAUCGCCGACUACCAGGUGAAGUCCAGAGAGGAAUGGGUGGUGGCUGGACAUCCGUCGCAGGUGGUGCUGACCAUCUCACAGAUGAUGUGGUGCAAAGAAAUGGACGAUUGCCUCGAUGGAAACCGCAACCACUUUGCUUCCCUUCAGGAAUUUGAACAGACCAACUUUGACAGGCUGAAUGUCCUGGCGGCGAUGGUACGAGGACAGCUGCCUACUUUACACCGUAACAUCAUCACCGCCCUCAUCACCAUCGACGUCCACGCCAGAGACAUCGUCACAAAUCUAGUCCGCAAAAAGGUGGACACACAGUAUAACUUUGAAUGGCAGAGACAGUUACGCUACUACUGGGACCUGGACCUGGACAACUGUGUGGUCAAAAUGGCCCUGUCCACUUACAUUUAUGGCUACGAAUACCUGGGGGCUUGUCCCAGACUGGUUAUAACGCCACUCACGGACCGUUGCAACCUGUGUCUGAUGGGGGCUCUCCAGUUAGACCUGGGAGGAGCACCAGCCGGGCCGGCAGGUACGGGCAAAACCGAGACCACCAAGGACUUGGCGAAGGCCCUGGCGAUACAGUGUGUGGUCUUCAACUGCUCCGACGGACUGGACUACAAGAUGAUGGGGCGCUUCUUCAGCGGUCUCGCUCAAUCGGGCGCUUGGUGUUGUUUUGAUGAAUUCAACCGGAUUGACAUUGAAGUGCUGUCUGUCAUCGCACAGCAGCUCAUCACCAUCCGCAACGCCAAAGCCGAGAAGCGGUCGAGGUUUCAGUUCGAGGGCCGGGAGAUCAAGCUGGUGAGGACGUGUGCCGCGUUCAUCACCAUGAACCCGGGCUACGCCGGCAGGACGGAGCUACCCGACAACCUCAAAGCUCUCUUCAGACCCAUCGCCAUGAUGGUGCCCAACUACGCGCUCAUCGCCGAGGUGAUCCUGUACUCGGAGGGAUUUGAGUCCAGCAUGAUCCUCGCGAGGAAGAUGACCCAGAUGUACAAGCUGUGCUCGGAGCAGCUGUCGCAGCAGGACCACUACGACUUUGGCAUGAGGGCCGUCAAGUCCGUCCUGGUCAUGGCCGGGUCUCUGAAGAGAAGGAACCCCGACCUCAGUGAGGAUGUGGUUCUCAUCCGAGCCCUGAGGGACUCCAACCUCCCGAAGUUCCUCACUGAUGAUGCUCUGCUAUUUGGUGGCAUCUUAUCCGACCUCUUCCCCGGUGUCAGUAUCCCGGAUCAUGACUAUGGAAUCCUGCACACCACUAUCCUGGAGUCGCUGGUGAAGAGAAACCUACAGCCGCUGGCUAGCAUGACCAAGAAGGUGAUCCAGUUGUACGAGACCAUGCUGGUGCGUCACGGUGUCAUGCUGGUCGGGCCGACCGGCGGAGGCAAGACCACCGUCUACCGCGUCCUGGCCGACGCGCUGGAGACCCUCCAUCACACGGAGCACGCGGCCGACAACCCCUUCUACCAACGCGUCAAGACCUACAUCCUCAACCCCAAAUCUGUGACGAUGGGCGAGCUCUACGGGGAGAUCAACACGUUGACGCUGGAGUGGCGUGACGGGCUGAUGGCGCUGAGCGUCCGCGACGCGGUCGCCGACACCACCGACGACCACAAGUGGGUGGUGUGCGACGGGCCGGUCGACGCCCUGUGGAUCGAGAACAUGAACACGGUGCUGGACGACAACAAGAUGCUGUGUCUGGCCAACAGCGAGCGAAUCAAACUCACCCCGUCCAUCCACAUGCUGUUUGAGGUCCAGGACUUAGCCGUAGCCUCUCCAGCCACCGUCAGCCGCUGUGGGAUGGUAUACAUCGACCCAAACGAGCUCAAGUGGAUGCCCUACGUCCAGACAUGGAUCAGUGGUCUCGCAGACAAGCUCCCGGACCCGGUGAGAACAUACCUGCUGGAGCUGUUUGAGCACUAUGUGGAGAAGGGUCUUCAGUUCGUGCUGAAGUAUUGCACUCAGGCCAUCCGGCAGGUGGACAUCAGUAAAGUGACCACUCUGUGCUGCCUGUUGGAGGCGCUGCUGCUGGGCAAAGGAGGGCCGGACCUUCACAUGGAGUCCAAACACCUCAACAGUUUAUUAUGCCAGACCUUCAUAUUUUGCUACCUGUGGGCGAUCGGAGGAAACCUGACCAUCUGUCACUGGGAUGCUUUCGACACCUUCAUCCAAAAGCAGUUUGAAGCCAACGACAAUGCAAAGCUCCAGAAGCACGAGACCUUGUGGAGUUUGUACGUGAACUUUAACAACAAGCGCCUGGAGCCGUGGGACAACGUCGUGCCGCCGUUCAAAUACAACCGGGAGCAGCCCUUCUUCGAGAUGCUGGUGCCCACCGCCGACACCGUCCGCUACGGGUACCUGAUGGAGAAGCUGCUGUCGGUGCGACGGUCGGUGCUCUUCACCGGCAGCACCGGAGUGGGGAAGUCGGUGGUGGCUCGCGGCCUCCUGAACAGCAUCCAGGAAAAGGCGGACUACCUCCCGGUCUACAUCAACUUCUCGGCUCAGACCUCCUCGGCCCGCACGCAGGAGAUCAUCGAGUCCAAGCUGGAGAAAAAGAGGAAGAACGUGAUGGGCGCUCCAGGUAACAAGAAGCUGGUGGUCUUCGUGGACGACCUGAACAUGCCGAAACUGGACAGUUACGGCUCUCAGCCCCCGAUUGAACUCUUGCGCCAAUUCCAGGACUUUUCUGGCUUCUAUGACAGAACCAAGUUCUUCUGGAAGGAGAUCCAGGAAAUGACCAUCGCCGCCGCGUGCGCUCCUCCGGGAGGCGGGCGCAAUCACGUGACUCCCCGAUUCAUCCGCCACUUCAGCAUGCUGUGUCUUCCCACGCCGUCGGAACACAGCCUCAAGCAGAUCUUCAAAUCCAUCCUCAGUGGUUUCCUUGGUGACUUUUCCCAAGCGGUGAAGGACUGUGCCGGUCAGAUUGUGGACGCGGCCGUGGAGAUUUACAACCGCCUGAGUGUAGACCUGCUGCCCACGCCAGCCAAGUCCCACUAUGUCUUCAACCUCCGGGACCUCUCCAAGUGUGUCCAAGGUAUCCUGCAGUGUGAGUCGAGUCAAGUCAGAGACAAGAACCAGAUCUUCCGUCUCUUCUGCCACGAGUGUCAGCGAGUGUUCCACGACCGGCUGAUCAACAACCAGGACAAGAGCUACUUCAACACCAUCGUCACGGAGAUGGCCAGCAAAUAUUUUAGCAUCACCUUGGAGCCCUCGUACUUUGUGACUCAGCCCAUCAUAUUUGGGGACUUCAUCAAGAUGGGUGCAGACAAAGAGGAGCGUCUGUACGAGGAUCUGACGGACAUGGACAAUAUUCAGGCCAUUCUCCAGGACUACCUGGACGAUUACAACAUGGCCUUCUCCAAGGAGACCAAGCUGGUGUUCUUCCAGGAUGCCGUCGAGCAUGUUUCCAGGAUUUCCCGUAUGAUUCGCCAGGAGCGAGGCAACGCCCUGCUGGUCGGGGUGGGCGGUACCGGCAAGCAGUCGCUCACUCGCUUGGCGGCCCACAUGUGCGGCUACUGCUGCUUCGAGAUCGAACUGAGCCGAGGAUACAACUACGACAGCUUCCACGAGGACCUGAGGAGGCUCUACAAGAUGGCGGGCGUGGAGGGCAAGGACAUGGUGUUCCUCUUCACGGAUACUCAGAUCGUGGUGGAAGGCUUUCUGGAGGACAUCAACAACAUGCUGAACUCUGGAGAAGUGCCCAACCUCUUUGAGAAAGAUGAGCUGGAACAAGUUCUCGUGGCCACGCGCCCGAAAGCCAAAGAAGUGGGAAUCAGUGAGGAGAACCGGGACGAGGUGUUCCAGUAUUUCAUCUCCCGCGUACGGGAGAAGCUGCACAUCGUGCUGUGCAUGAGUCCCGUGGGCGAUGCCUUCAGGUCCCGAUGCCGCAUGUUUCCCUCACUGGUGAACUGCUGCACCAUCGACUGGUUUGUGCAGUGGCCUCGCGAGGCCCUGCUCUCCGUCUCGCAGGCUUUCUUCCAGAACGUGGAUUUUGGCAGCGAGGAGCUGAAGCAGAGCUUCUCCGCCAUAUGCGUGGAGAUCCACGUCAGCGUCACGGACAUGGCGGAGCGCUUCUACUCGGAGCUGAGACGCCGAUACUACACCACGCCCACCUCCUACCUGGAGCUCAUCAACCUGUACCUGUCCAUGCUGGAGGAGAAGAGACAGCAGCUGGUUAUCGCCCGGGAUCGCGUGAAGAACGGCAUGACCAAACUGCUGGAGACCAACGAGCUGGUGGACACGAUGCAAGUGGAGAUGUCCGCUCUGGAGCCGGUGCUGAAACAGAAAUCCAUCGACGUGGAUGCCCUGAUGGAGAAACUGGCGGUGGACCAAGAGAGCGCCGACGAGGUGCGUAUAGUGGUGUCAGAGGAUGAGACUCUGGCCAAGGUGAAAGCGGACGACACCCAGGCCAUAGCCGACGACGCCCAGAGGGACCUGGAUGAAGCUCUGCCGGCCCUGAACGUGGCCAACGAGGCCCUCAGCUCCCUGGACAAGGCGGACAUCUCUGAGAUCAAGGUGUUCACCAAACCUCCGGACCUCGUCAUGACCGUCAUGGAGGCCGUCUGCAUCCUGCUCAGCUGCAAACCGGACUGGCAAGGUGCCAGGCAGCUGCUCGGCGAUUCCAAUUUCCUCCGGCGCCUGACGGAUUACGACAAGGACAACAUCAAGACUCAGAUCCUCCAGAAGUUGCAAAAAUACAUCAACAACCCCGAUUUCAUCCCCGAGAAGGUGGAGAAGGUGUCCAGAGCCUGCACAUCCAUGUGCAUGUGGGUCAGAGCCAUGGAUCGGUACUCCAGAGUCCUCAAAGAAGUCGGCCCCAAGAGGGAAAAGUUGUCUCAGGCGCAGGGGGAGCUGGAUGUGACCAUGGCAACCCUGAGGGAGAAGCAACAACAGCUUCAGGAGGUGGAGAGCCAGAUCAAUGUCCUGCAGGAGCAGUUUGACAGCAGCAUUAAGGAGAAGGAGGAUUUGGUGAACACCAUGGCUCUGACGCAGGCUCGGCUGACCCGGGCGGGGAAGCUCACGUCCGCUCUCGGUGACGAGCAGGUGCGCUGGGAGGAAAGCGUCACGCUGUUCGAGCAAGAGAUCGUGAACGUCGUGGGGAACGUCUUCAUCGCGGCCGCGUGCGUGGCGUACUACGGAGCGUUUACUUCCCACUACAGACAGCUGUUAAUUGACCAGUGGAUAAUACAGUGCCAGAAGCUGAACAUCCCCAUCAGCGCCAGCUUCAGCCUCAUCAACAUUCUGGGAGAUGCGUUCGUGAUCCGCCAGUGGAACACGGAGGGUCUGCCCCGCGACGCCGUGUCCACGGAGAACGGCAUCCUGGUGACCGAGGGCCGGCGCUGGCCUCUCAUGAUCGACCCGCAGGAUCAGGCCAACCGAUGGAUCCGCUCUAAAGAGGCGAAGCACGGCCUCAAGGUGAUCAAGCUGACUGACCCCAACUUCCUGCGCACCCUGGAGAACGCCAUACGCAUGGGCAUGCCCGUGCUGCUAGAAGAGUUGAAGGAGACUCUGGAUCCGGCUCUGGAGCCCGUCCUGCUGAAGCAGACUUUUGUUGCCGGCGGACGGACGUUGAUCCGACUCGGAGAUUCAGAUGUUGACUAUGACAAAAACUUCAGGUUCUAUAUGACGACCAAGAUGGCCAACCCACACUACCUCCCAGAGGUAUGCAUCAAAGUUACUAUUAUCAACUUCACCGUUACCAAAUCUGGCUUGGAGGACCAACUGCUUAGUGACGUGGUGCGUCUGGAGAGUCCACACCUGGAGGAGCAGAGGAACGAGCUGAUCGUGCGCAUCAACGCCGACCGCAACCAGCUCAAAGAGAUCGAGGACCGCAUCCUCAAGCUCCUCUUCACCUCCAAAGGAAACGUCCUGGACAACAAAGAGCUGGUUCAGACGCUCCAGGAGUCCAAGGUGACAUCAGAGGCCAUAAAGCACCGUCUGGAGGAGGCCGAGGCCACUGAGCUGAUGAUCAACUCGGCACGGGAGCGGUACCGACCCGUGGCCACCCGGGGCUCCGUCUUGUACUUUGUGAUCGCCAGUCUCUCUGAGAUUGAUCCAAUGUACCAGUUCUCCCUCAAGUACUUCAAACAGCUCUUUAACGGCACCAUCGAGACGUCGGAGGAGAGCAGCGUGUUGGAAGACCGCCUCCAGAUCCUGCUGGACCAGAUCCUGCUCAACUCCUACAUCAACGUGUCCCGCGGCCUCUUCGAGCAGCACAAGCUCAUCUACAGCUUCAUGCUGUGCAUCGAGAUCAUGAGGCAGCGCGGGGAGAUCUCCGAUGCCGAGUGGCAGCACUUCCUGAAAGGUGCCGUCUCGUUGGAAAAGGACUACGCAGAACGUCCAGGUGUGCCGUGGCUCAGCGAUUUGAACUGGCGCACGUGUUGCGAGCUGGAGGACACGCUGCCUUGCUUCAAGGGCAUCUCCAAGGACAUCACCAGGAUGCACAUCCACAUCGAGCUAGGCUGUUUUCAAGCGUCUAUUAAUCCAGAGGCGUGGGAAGGAUACGCGUCCCAAGACGUGAAGCAAGGGGGUGAGGUCAGAGGUCACUGGAAUGAAAGGUUGGGGGCCUUCCAGAAGCUUGUCCUGAUCAAGAGCUUCGUUGAAGAAAAGGUGGUGUUUGCAGCGACGGAGUUUGUGAUCGUCAGCAUCGGGAAGCAGUUUGUGGAGAACCCCCCCGUGGACCUGGCCAACCUCUACAACGACAUGUCCCCCUCCACGCCGCUCGUCUUCAUUCUCAGCACGGGGUCCGACCCCAUGGGGGCCUUCCAGCGCUUUGCCAAAGAGAGAGGAUGUCUUGACAGGGUGGAGUCCAUCUCAUUGGGUCAGGGCCAGGGGCCGAUAGCAGAGAAGAUGAUCCAUGCGGCGAUGGCGACGGGCAAAUGGGUGUUUCUGCAGAACUGUCAUCUGGCUGUUUCCUGGAUGUUAGCCAUGGAGGAGCUCAUCAAGACCUUCACUGAGCCGGACGCGUCAAUCAACGACAACUUCCGCUUGUUUCUCAGUUCCAUGCCGACCAAAGUGUUUCCUGUUACGGUGCUUCAGAACUCUGUCAAGGUGACCAACGAGCCUCCCAAAGGCCUCCGAGCCAACAUGCGACGCUCCUUCGCGGAGAUCUCCAGCAAUUUCUUCGAAGACCACGUCCUGGGACGCCAAUGGAGGAAGAUCAUCUUCGGGAUGUGCUUCUUCCACGCGAUCCUCCAGGAGAGGAAGAAGUUUGGUCCUCUGGGCUGGAACAUCCGCUACGAGUUCAACGACAGCGACCGGGAGUGCGCUCUGCUCAACCUCAACCUCUACUGCAAAGACGGCGCCAUCCCCUGGGACGCCCUCAUCUACAUCACUGGUGAGAUCACGUACGGGGGCCGAGUGACGGAUGCUUGGGACCAGCGCUGCCUCAGGACCAUCCUCAAAGGCUUCUUCUCGCCUCAAACCCUGGAGCCGGGCUACGCCUACUCCUCCUCAGGGAUCUACUACGCCCCCGACUCGGAGGAACUGGAGCAAUACAAGAAGUUCAUCGAGAGUCUUCCCAUCAUCGACGACCCGGAGGUCUUUGGGAUGCAUGAGAAUGCCAACCUGGCGUUCCAGCGUCAGGAAACCGUGACGCUCAUCAGCACCAUACUGGAUGUGAACCCUCGCUCGUCGGCCCAGCACGGAGCGAAAAGCAACGAUGACAUCGUCUGCGAACUCGCCGAGUCCAUCCUGGCCAAGCUGCCAGAGCGCCUGGACAUGGACGAGGCCAUCGCAUCGCUGUUCGUCCGGGAUGGGAACGACCGGCUGGACUCCCUGACCACCGUGCUGGGCCAGGAGGCGGACCGGUUCAACCACCUGCUGAGGGUCCUCAAGGUGUCUCUCACUACUCUGCAGAAGGCCAUCGCCGGUCUGGUGGUGAUGUCGGAGGAGAUGGACCGCAUCUACAGCAGCUUCCUGAGCAACCAGGUCCCGGCCCACUGGGCCGGCGCCGCCUACCUGUCCCUCAAGCCACUGGCCUCCUGGGUCCGGGACCUGGUCCUCAGGACCGCCUUCAUCCAGACUUGGAUAACCCACGGCCAGCCCACUUCCUUCUGGAUCUCAGGACUGUUCUUUCCUCAAGGCUUCCUCACGGGGGUGCUUCAGAAUCACGCCAGGCGCUACAACCUACCCAUCGAUGAGCUCAACUUCCGCUUCAACGUGGUGCCGCUGUACCGGGACCAGGUGGAGGUGUGCGAGGCUCCGGAGGCCGACGACCAGCUGCCGCGGCCGCCGGUCGGCGUGCUGGUGCACGGCAUGUUCCUGGACUGCAGCCGCUGGGACGAUGACCUCAUGGUGCUGGAGGACGCGUUGCCGCGGGUGAUGAGCGCCGCGCUGCCCGUGGUCCACUUCGAGCCGCAGCAGAACUACGAGCCCGAGCCCGGCCUGUACCACGCCCCCCUGUACAAGACCUCCGCCAGGGCAGGGACCCUGUCCACCACAGGUCACUCCACUAACUUCGUGGUGACGGUGCUGCUGCCCUCCAACCGGCCCAGCGACUACUGGGUCUCCAAGGCGUCGGCGCUGCUCUGCCAGCUGGACGACUAGGCCGUCGCUCCAGGGCCAAAAGGACAUUCUAAAUACGACUGGAACGUCUGAAGCUUUUGUGUAAUGAUUCUUCUCUCUGCCGAAUGGACACUUCAAAUACGACGUGACACACACACACACACACACACACACACGUCACAUCAGUUCCACACAACAGAGCCCGGUGAUCCAGAUGUUGAAGGAGGAGACGAUGGGGCGUGAACAAGAUGGAGAGAGCUCCGCGGUCCAGGCCGUCUGGUGAGUCAUGUCGCCUCGGGGAGAGGAAAGAUGGAGGGAUGGAGGGCGGAGGAGAGACGGCCCACGGAUGAACAGGGUUCAGAUGUUAAUGGCUCUAAAAAAAUAGAAGCGGGGUCAUUUGAAACAGAAGGGAUGAUCAUCAAAUGAGGAAAUGUUUCCACCACAACACACACACACACACACACACAAGAUGGCGUCACAAACACAUCAAGUACACACACACACUGCAGGGCCGGGUGCAGACGCCUCACACACACUUACGGCUUGAAGACAACACUCAAUGAACAUCAACCUGGAGCACGUUAUAUAUAAAUAAUAUCUGCACAGAUUCACAACAAAGCUUUAAUCAUCCAAACGCUUCAUACAGAACGCUGUAUUAAGAUUAAUGCCCACAAAUACUCACAUUUUAAAAAAGAAAAAAUAUAUAAUAUUAUAUAUAAUAUAUAUAUACUAUUAUAAUAUAAUAUAUUAUAUAAUAUUAUAUACAAUAUAUAUAUAUAUAAUAUUAUAUAUAAUUAAAUCACUGGGAAGAAAACAGAGAAAAGAACAAAGAGUACGAUUCUGACAAAGCAAACAGUUGAUUUAAAAUCUGUUGACAUGAAGGUUUCACAACUAAUCAACACGUUUAUGAUGAAAAGCACUGGCUGACCGCGGGUCAGACGGAGGGAUCUGUGAUUGGUUAAAGUUAUUCAGGCUUUUCAAAGACAUUGAAUUCAUGAACACUUCCCCAACGAUAUAAAACAUCUCGUCGGCUCUGAGGACGAAGGCGACGAGCAAAGACUCGUUUACAAUAACUGACGUCUCAUAUUCAGCUGCUCCUAAAAUGUGGUAAUUUGUUUGUUUUCAUGUGUGUGUGUGUGUGUGUGUGUGUGUGUGUGUGAGAGCUGCUUCACGUCCUCAUAUCAAUAAGGAGAUUAAAUAAACUGUAAAGGAAACCCAUCGGCUCCCGAUGAGCCCGGAGAGAUCAGAGUGCCGCCAUAUUGACGGGGAGGAGCCUCUGAUGUUCAGGGAGGAGGAGACUCUGAUGCUCAGGGAGGAGGAGCCUCUGAUGUUGGCGGACGGGAGGUCACACGGAUGAUUUCAUUUCAUAUUUAUUAGAUGUAAAAAUGAAGAUAGAAUAAAAUGACGCCGAGUCAGAAGUCAGUCGUCACAACUUUGAGGAGUAAAAUCAUUUUAAAUGUAGGUCAUCGUUUCAGAUCUUGUCUCCUCCGUCCUCUCGUCUGUCACGAUGAACCACGAAGAAAAAAAGACCAAAACACAACGGAGGAUCAAUAACAUGAAGGCUUCUCACGUGAGGAUUGUUAAAUAUGUAAACAACAACAUGAGUAACAAUACAAACAAAUCAGCUUUGUUCUCUCACCUGCAGAUUAUAAUCACAAUGUGUCUGUAUUUAUUAUUUAUUAAAUAAAAGAAGUAAUACACAG